UCCGCGCAGGGCGGCACGGAGGGAGCCGGCGGGUGCAGCCCCGCGCAGGGCGGCACGGCGGGAGCGGCGCACCCUCGGCAGGCGGGAGCGGCGUGCGGGCUCCGGGGCUCCGGCGGCGCGGGUCCCGCUCCGCAGGUUGAUUAAGUGAAUAGAAAAAAUAAAAAAAGAAAAACGAAGCUACUUUCAAGUAUUGAAGAUACAAGGCCAGGAUGAACACGAAGGACGGAAAAGUGUCUGAAGGAGGUCUCAAUGUCACGCUUACCAUACGCCUUCUCAUGCACGGCAAGGAGGUUGGAAGCAUUAUUGGAAAGAAAGGUGAGACAGUGAAGAAGAUGAGAGAGGAGAGUGGUGCUCGAAUCAAUAUUUCAGAAGGCACUUGUCCAGAGAGAAUUGUGACAAUAACAGGCCCAACAGAUGCAAUUUUUAAAGCUUUUUCUAUGAUUGCACUAAAAUUUGAAGAGGACAUAAACGCUUCGAUGACGAACAGCACGGUGACAAGCAAACCGCCCGUAACGCUGCGGCUCGUCGUCCCGGCAAGUCAGUGUGGAUCCCUUAUAGGAAAAGGAGGUUCCAAAAUCAAAGAAAUCAGGGAGUCCACAGGAGCCCAGGUGCAGGUAGCAGGGGACAUGCUGCCGAACUCGACGGAGCGCGCAGUGACUAUCUCGGGCACUCCCGACGCCAUCAUCCAGUGUGUGAAACAGAUAUGUGUGGUUAUGCUGGAGUCCCCACCCAAAGGUGCCACCAUCCCCUACCGUCCCAAACCUGCCUCUGCACCUAUCAUUUUUGCAGGUGGCCAGGUAAGAGCAGACACCAUUUUGGCUUCAGCUGGAAACCACACCGUCUUGGCCCAACCUCAGCCAGCGCCUGCAUUCACGAUUCAGGGGCAGUAUGCCAUCCCUCAUCCAGACGUGAGUCCAGCACAUUUGACCAAGCUUCACCAGUUGGCUAUGCAGCAUCCCCCCUUUACUCCCCUUGGGCAGACCACCCCUGGUUUCCCUGGACUGGAUGCCACUACUCCAACCAGUUCCCAUGAACUUACUAUUCCCAAUGAUUUAAUAGGCUGCAUUAUUGGCAGACAAGGCAGUAAGAUAAAUGAAAUCAGGCAGAUGUCAGGAGCGCAGAUCAAGAUUGCUAAUGCCACAGAAGGCUCCGCAGAACGACAAGUUACAAUCACAGGAUCCCCUGCAAACAUCAGCUUAGCACAGUACCUCAUUAAUGCAAGGCUGUCUUCAGAAGUUACUGGCCUGGGGGCUCUCUAAUGUAUCUCUUCAUGCCCUAGUGCAUUAGCCACCAGACAGGACUUUUCCAAAGCCCCAUGAGACAAUGCUUUCUAUGGACUAAUCUACAGAGGAGUUUCUGCCAUUUCUAACUUUCUUAUUAUUCUGAGACAUCAAAAGAAAAUACUUCUUUACUCUUUAAGCAACUGUGCUUCCUAACUCUUGUGUUGCUUUCAUUACUGUUCCAGUUUUAACUCUGUUGUGGCUCAUAACAUAAAGCAAAGACAAGUUAUUUUCGGGGGUUAAUUUUUAUUGAUGUUCAUGCUUUGGCUAAUCUGUAUAAAAGCAUGGGCCGUUAGUGUUCUAAGCCACUGUAUUCAGCUAGAGACUUGACAGUAAAUUAAAUGAGACGUUUUUAUAAAUAAAUUUUUUUCCUGAUUAAAAAAAAAAAAAAAGACGUGGUAGCUUUGUGCAUACAACUGUUGUGUUGUUUAAAUUUUGUUCUUUGUAACCGAGUUGCUAAUUUGUCAUUUAAGAAGCACUAUUUUAUGAAUUGUCAAACUAAGAUCACAGACAAAUCGCUUGUUUUCAUUAAUGAUUAAACGUUCAUAUUAUCACGCUUAAGGUCCCACUGCUCAUUGGGAAAGAGUGUAACACCUGUGCAAAAACAGGCAAUGUUAGAAAGGAUGUUAGCCCAUUGUCAGGGAUGAUGAGGCUUUUCAGGAGUAGAUGGAGCCAGAUUGUGUAAUUAGUAGAGUAAGCAAUAUUUCUCUAAAACUUUAUUUGGUGUUUAACAAAGUUGCUCCUUAAGAACCUCACACAGUGAACAGAAAAGACAAAUUUGUCUUCUUGUUACAAGCAGCCACUGGUUUGUAUCUCCAAUGUUUUCCCAAACUGGUUUAUAGAUCAGAUACUGGGGAAAGAAAAAUAAGAACAAAAGAAUGAACUUGGGUACUGAGUACAGCAUUGCUAAGACCCUUCGUUCUUUCCCAUUCCCAGCAGCAUUGUUGAGUGAGGCUUCUAGACAGCACUUUCCAUUCUGCCAGGAAACUAGCCCAGCAGCUGGGAGGAGCAUGGCAAUUUGCAUUAGAAGAGGGAGAAUGGAGAGCUGAGGAGGCCAGGGGACUGUCUCAUUCUGCCCUGAUACUCUGCUUGAGCAGUUCAGGUUCUCCUUUAGAUCUGCUGAAGCACUGCAGUCACAGCCUCAAAUUCUCUCUUCACACACAGGCAAAAGAAAGGUGCUGGCCCUGAGCUGCUGUCGCGAUCCAGCAUCUCUGGCUGCACGCUCUGGCCACCUCUCCUCUUAGGGCACUGGCAGUACUUCCACAUUUACUGCUUGCUCUCUCUUCAUGAGAAAAGCAGAGUUUUCUGGCAGUGCAAGUGAGUAGCAUCCUUAAUGACAUGAGCCUGAUUCUACAACCUUCAUCUAUUAAGGUCUCUCCUUGCUUCUGGGAAUUUAAUUUGGGGUCCCACUUCCCUUCCCUGCCCCAGCUGAACUUGUGAGCCAUACCACAAUUAUUUUACAUGGUCUGCAGGAUACAGACAGCUCUAAAAUGUCUGGAUCUUGAGUCUGAGCCUGGUACUGUAUGACCAAGAUGUGCAUACAGACUUGCAGAUCUCUGUAGAAGUCAAUAACUUUUCCAAUGCAGAUGCAGCCACAGAGCAAUUCUUGACAACGAAGGCUGCCAAGGAAGAUUACAGAAGAGCUCUUUGCAUCCCAGCAUCCAGGAAGCCUUACCCAAUGUUGACAAUUAGCUAUUUCAACCCUUAGGUUAAAAGAACUAUAGGCCGUAGUACUAACCUUGAUAAAAUUCUGUUGUUAUUAUUACUUAAAAAAUAUUUAUAUUACUUAGAAUAUAUUUAAAUUCGUACUCUUGAAAGGAGAGCUGAAGCUGCUUUUACAGCAGAGACCUCCAUAGUCUUCAUUUCCACAACAGCAGAAGCUAUUUCUAUGGCUAGCCUGGCUAAUGCAAACAAACAAACAAAAAAAUUAUUGGAGCUCAACACUAAGUAGGUCAAGAUUUUGCUCUCCCAGUAGAGCUGCCAGGCAAAGGGCAGCAGCAGCAGCUCUGUGUUGUAUAGUAUCUUUCACAUUAAUAAUUCACGUAUGCCUUGCAGAAUUGGCUAGAAAAGACCGAGAUUUAAAUGAACUAGUGUAGGGACACGUUUGUGUAUGGAAUGAGGAGACAUAAAAGGACAAAGGAAGAAAAAGAAGUCUUUUAAGAGGGUUUUUGCAAAAAAAUACAGGCACAAGUGUGAUAAACUCUAGGCUCAUUUUAAUUUCAUUAUUUUAGUUGGAAAAUAUUUCUGAACGGCAAGAAAAAGCUCCUGAAUAGCUUUAAUAUAUAAACCGGGCAAACAAAACACUAGAAGGUAUGUCUGGAGGGGGGGAAAAAUGCAAAAAAUAGUACUACCCAGGACAAAAAUCUAAACCACUCAUGCCCAAGGUAGAAAAGAGGAAGCAUGUACCCAAUGUGAAAAGGUCACUGCCCACACAAUUGUGAGUUUCCAGAUGAAAGACAGCACAAAUUCUGCAGCUUCCGCAUCAUCAAAUAGCUGUUAGGUUUCUGGAAACAUCUCAAGUGAAUUCAAGCAGCUCUGUUGUGUUUCUCGAGUGAAAAAAAUUGAAAUUAUGAAUGCUGGCUGGAACAGUCAACCAGAAGGAAAACAAAGUUAGUCCAUUGUUAAUAUGCAGAGUGCUUUGUGUUCUCAGGCAUAGCCAGAGGGCAUCUGUGGGCCCCAAGGUUCAUAUCUGUGCCAGUCAAAGCUCCUAGGAAGCUAACAGCAUAAAUCUCACUGGUGCCAUCAAUGCAGGCACCUGGUAAGGGCCUCAGCCUCAGAAGGCUUUCAUGGACAAGGUGGUGUUUGUCAGGUUUCACAAGAAAGUGUUAAAGCGUGUGCUGACCCCUUUCCCACCCAAACCAGGCAGAAAUGGAAACGCUGUCGUUGCUUUCAUUUUUAAAUACCCAACAGCAUGAAAAAACAGCGUUUCUCUCAUAUGGGAAAGAUCCAAAUCCAGUUUAUUCCACAGCCUCAAUAUCAGCUGAACAUAUUUCAGCACUACUUAUGUACUUGGAACAGGACCUUCCCCUUUUUGGCUGAGUGCCAUGAUUAUCUAACAAGAAAGUCACAUAUACUCACUAAUUCAGUCAUUUUACAGGGGCACAGCUUCUACAGAAAAGACUGGAAUUGUUAGACUGCUCAACUAGGUCACACAAAGCGGCCGUUCAAAGGACAGCAUUGAAAGGAGGGAUUUGAACAGAGAUCUCUUGUAUCCUCCGUAACUGCUGUAGCCACCAAUUGUGCAAGGCAUUUUUCCUCCACUGUAUUUAGAUGUCUGCACAAAGGAAAUGCUCGCAUUUCUUUUCUUAGCUAUCAGGCCAGGAUAGUUGUAACUGAAGUGAUGAACAGAAGAUCAGCUGAAGGCAGAUACUGAAAAACUGCUUCACACCUGAAAUUUCCAACUCUUGGCCUGAGCAAUCCUUUCUAGGGAUACAAGUACACACCACCCUUCCUGGCACGGCAGUGUACUUGAUCAAUUCACUCGUUCGAUGAAGGAAUGCAGGAAUUUUGAUUAAAGCAGUGUCUGCAUCUGUCCUGUGUCCUGGAUGCAUAUGUCCUGUCACUCUACAGACUGGCAUGUGUCUUAAGACAGUAACUGAAAUGAAAGAGAAGUGUCAAAUUCAUUUGAUGCUACCUAACAAAAGGGAAUUUCUUUAACAUUAUAUACUCACAUUAAGGUUUCUAAUGGCAACAUCUUGAUUCCUACAGGCUGAAUGUCUGAUUUUCUAGUGCAAGCUUUCUGAAUUCUAAGAAAAAAAUUCGGAAAAUAUUGAAAUAUUUGAAAAUAUUUGAAUAUUACUUCUCAUUAGAGUUAUUUCUAGCUCCCUGUUUUAAAGAUGAUAAAAUGCAGAGAAUCUAAUUAUAGUGGUAUGAAAUAAGCAAAAUCUGUCUCUCCUCAAAUUGAAAUUAUUGGCAGGUGGCCUGGCAAAAGCUAAUGUUAGCAUUCUUUUUAAUCAGUAUUUGCAAUUCUGAAGCAAAUUUUUAAAUUAAAUUCUGUGGUAGAGGAAUAACAAUCACGUUAGCAAAUGAGAACGUUGUUUGGUUUGUUGUUAUUUGGGUUUGGUUGUUUUUGCACGAUUGCUUCUGGCCUUUUUCCACAAUCUGUUUUCCAAAUACAGACCUUUUCCCACAUCUGCUUUUAAGUCAUGACAGCAGCAGCAGCUUAUUUCUUCCAGGGCAAGAGAGAAGGUAGCACACCGAUUACCAUUUGUGACUGACUGCACUCACCUGCCAGAGAAGAGCUGAUCAUGAGCAGCUGGCAGCUGUAGCUGUGGUAGCUGCGCCUGCAGAGCUGCGUCUUGGAACUCCAUUUCAAACAUUCAUGCACCUACAGGCACAUACAUCCUGGCCCUGCAAGGCACUUAACCAGUUUCACAACCACUGAGCAGGGGAACCUCAACUACUUUUUGGUGCCAUGAAAUUCCACAGUUCUUAAGUUUGGACAACACUCUCCAUUAUUAUUAUCAAUCAACGAGGAUUACAAAUGUUAAGCACCUUCCCCCUUAAUUCUGAUUCUUCAGUUUUCUGGAAGUCCUGGAGAUCAGAGAAUUAAAAUAGUCUUCUCAAUUCCAAUUAAAAUUUCAUUUUUAAUAGUGGCUAUGGACAAAGCUAGUUAUUAGGACUACUUUAAUCUUUAUUGUUUAAAAAUAGAAUUCAAGAAAGUUAAGAAAUGAGAGAAAUUAAGGAAGCACACAUUUUUAAAACAAUUAUUUUCUCUGAUUAAUAAUCAAUCUAGCUCAACAGCUCAUCAGAAGUACAUAAAAUUGUUUUCUAAAGCUGAAGAUAUAUUUCGAUUAUAAACUAAUUAUGCCUAUGUUUUUCUAAGACACAGGAGAUUAUUUACCUUGAUAAAUUAGCUUGACUACUUACUAAGGUUAGGAUAUAUCCCUCUUCUCCCUUAUAGCCACGCUACUUCCGUUGCUAAAAAGCUGGAUGAUUUCUUGCCUUCUUGACAUAACAGCACACGUAGAUCAGUGGUCACAAAGGACAAAGUCACUACUCCCACCAUCUUCACAAAGCUCUCUAAAAGCUUUGUUCCACAUGCUGAAGAAAUGUACAGUUACACAGCAGUAAGAUGGGUAAAACUUGGAUACAACAUUAUUUGUAGAUCUCUGAGAUUCCUCCAAGAGCGUCAACCCCUAAACAAGAAGCAGCCAAGAGGGACCAAUGCUGUCACUUCCCCAGCAAUGCAUACACGCACUGGCCAGUCCAUCGUCUUUACUCUUUCAACAAGUUGUGCAAGGUUAAUGAAUAGAAUGAUGAGUGAUCUGGUGUUUAUUCCUGCCAUCUCUUCCUAAUAAUAACAAUGGGCUGCACUGGUUUGGAUUUCAAUGUACAAGCUCCAUGCUCUGUAACUAAACUCCCUGCCUUUAGCUUGUUACCACAAGAUACCCCUAAAGAUGAGGGCAACUGAACUAAAACAGCUGAACUGUUUUAAUGCUCAGUUCAUUUCCUGUUCAUCUGCAGCUGAAACCAUGAUUUGCAGGUUCAUGUACAAGAUGAAAGUAAAACUACAGAAAAA